AUGGACCCUCUAUCGAUCGCGGCAGGUUGCGCUAGCCUGGUAUCGACGAUUGGCACACUUUCGCUGUCGAUCCAGGGAUUCGUCCGAACAUGCCGAGAAGCUCGCCAAGACCUAGACAAGGUAUCGCGGGAGCUGCAGUCUCUCCAGUUGGUUCUCAGGCUCAUUGAGGAUGAUGCCACCAAAGAGGAAAAUCCCUUGUCGCAGGACAUAGGACAACAUGUUUUGAUAAUCGUCUUAAACUGCAAUUCGGUCAUUCUCGAAAUUGAGAACUGCAUUGCUCAGUACGGACAGAAGCGGCUGAAAGCCAAGGUGACAUGGGCCACAGGCGGGCAAGGCGAUGUUGAGAAGUUGCGAAAAGGCCUGGAGGCCCACAAGUCGUCCUUGGAACUGGCACUGAUUGUGCAUAGUUUGGCAUUAACAAAAGACAUCAAAGCUGAUACCACCGAGAUUCGCAACGAUACUACCACUAUCAAGGAAAAUACUGAACAAAUCUUGCAACAGAUUGUCCGUCUCGAGGCUCAGCUACCCAAAGAUGUUGCGACGCCAAACGACUAUGCCAUCCAGAGGUUCCUAGAGGACAUGACGACACAUACAGAGAUGGCCCUAGAUACGAUCAUUGCUGGCAAUGAUGAUGACAGCACUCGAGCCUUUUCCGACAUUGAAGAAACCUCUGAAGCCUCGGUGGAGCGGAAGAGAUCUGAUGGCACCUUGGACACCUUAAACGAGCCACGGCCCCCAAACGUUUCUGAAACUAAAAGAGCUUUCAACCCGCCUGCAAAGACGAGCCCUGGCGGUGAUUUGACGGCCUGGCAGGAGCCCCCAAACCAACAGUCCGCCACAUCAAUUAAAGCCAGGAAGCCUGUGCCAUACCGCUUGAGUAAGCAUCUCCUUCCAGGGAGCCGACGUCCAUCCAACAACGGAGCCCCUUCGGCACAAAGGAGAGUCCCGGCUGUGAUAGAGGCAUCGGAAAACAAGGGCUCAGACACAGGAGCCAGAGUGUAUACGGGCCCAAGACCACGGGUUGGCCCAAGACAAUCUGCCCGAAGACCUCAGGUCACCCCUGCGCCUAUCAGGGCCCCGAUGCCUAUCAAAGUUCCGAUGCCUAAAGGUUCUGAUUGUGAUCUGACAACCUCAAAUGAGUCACAGCUCACGAGCUUGCUCGAAGAUGAAGGGGUCCCUGAGUCUUCGGCUGCAACGAUUAGACCUCUUAAUUCGGCAACCUUGCAAAAGCUACCUGCGCAAGCCCGGCGGCCCCCAGCCAGACCGAGACCGAGCAUGCGGAGAAUGAAUCGCCCAAGUCAACAGACCAGGCGCGUCGCAUAUCCAGAAAGAAUUACAUCUAAAGAUGAAGCCAUCUUCGCACAAAUGAUGGUCCCAGCUGUGAUGGAGGCAUCGGCAAGCAAGGACUCAGACACAGGAGCCAGAGUAUAUACAGGCCCAAAACCCCAGGUUGCCCCAAGACCUCAGGUUGGCCCUGCGCCCAUCAGGGCCCCGAUGCCCAAAGGUUCUGAUGGCGAUCUGGCAACCUCAGACGAGCCACAGUUCCCAAGCUUAACCUCCCUUGAUGGAGUCCUUCCUAACGCACCCAUUGUGCGGACGAGGCCUGGUCACGGCUUGGUUGCCCCAGGAGAGAUACGACCGCAAAGGCCCCCCAAGCCUGUCAGAAUUACAAGGCGUGAUCUAAAGAGAAUCCCCUUCGAAUCCACAAGCCUAGUGCCACCCAAAGACGAGACUUCCGCGCCAUAA